ACAUGUCAUAAUAUGUACAGUAACCCUCCUCCUUUUCAGCCUCAAUGAUUGACUGUGUGUUUACGAGCUACUGACAAGCGCCUGACUGGACACACUGUAAGUCAUAACAGUACACAAGUAUAUAACAGCGCCUUGGAUCCUCCACAGGUGCUUCCAUCUGAAACCUGACACACAUCACCGCCGACACAGAGGCAGGAUGAAGCUGCUGACGGUUGUUGCUGCUGUUCUGGCCGUGGCCAGCUGUGCCAGCAUCUCACUGGAAGAUCUGGAGUUUCACGCCUGGAAACUCAAAUUUGAGAAGACCUACAGCUCUCCAUCAGAGGAGGCUCAUCGCAGGGAAAUCUGGAUCAACAACCGUAAACUGGUCCUGGUGCACAACAUCAUGGCUGACCAAGGCAUCAAGUCCUACCGCCUUGGCAUGACCUACUUUGCUGAUAUGGAAAAUGAAGAGUACAAGCGGCUGAUCUCUCAGGGCUGUUUGGGACACUUCAACAGCACUCAGCCUCGUCGUGGUUCCACCUUCUUCCGGAUGCCUCAAGGUACUGAUUUGCCCGACGCCGUGGACUGGAGGGACAAGGGAUACGUAACUGAUGUCAAGGAUCAGAAGCAGUGUGGAUCCUGCUGGGCCUUCAGCGCAACUGGCUCUCUAGAGGGUCAGAACUUCAGGAAGACAGGGAAACUGGUGUCUCUGAGCGAACAGCAGCUGGUCGACUGCUCCGGUGACUACGGAAACAUGGGCUGCAUGGGAGGCCUGAUGGACCAGGCCUUCGAAUACAUCGAAGCCAACGGAGGCAUAGAUACAGAGGAAUCCUACCCCUAUGAGGCUGAGGAUGGCAGAUGCCGUUACAACCCUGCCACUAUCGGAGCCAAAUGCACCGGCUACGUGGACGUGAAGAGCGGUGAUGAAGAUGCCCUGAAGGAAGCCGUGGCCACCAUCGGACCUGUGUCUGUAGGCAUUGAUGCGUCUCAUGUGUCCUUCCAGCUUUACGAUUCAGGAGUCUAUGAUGAGGCAGACUGCAGCAGCUCACAGUUGGACCAUGGUGUGUUGGCUGUUGGUUAUGGCUCAGACAAUGGUCAUGACUACUGGCUGGUUAAGAACAGCUGGGGUCUGAAAUGGGGAAGCAAGGGAUACAUCAUGAUGACCAGGAACAAACACAACCAGUGUGGUAUUGCUACUAUGGCCAGCUACCCAUUGGUCUAAACAGGUCCAUGACUUUUCUCAGUGAGGAGGAAAACAGCAGCACAUAAUUCACUUUAAUUUCAUAAAGAAAUUGGUUUAUGGGGUAAAAUGUCCCUUUUGUUCUUCCCUGGAAGUCAGAGGGAUACAGUGUCUCCCUGGUGCAUUUCACAAGUUUUAUAUGAAGAUUGUAAAU